CCAUUGAGUAGACGGCGACAAGUCGAGCACCAUAUUUCAUGGCGCCUCUGAACUCAGCAGCCUCAGCGCGGACCGGGGGUGUCUGAGAGCUCGGGUGUUUUUUUUUGGAGUUGAGCAGCUGAAGGAUGCGCACCUGCGGGAGGUCACGGUUUGGACAGGUAUGAGACCUGUGGCGCCGGUGGAUCAGCAAGGACCAGCAGCGGGCGUUUAAGGAGGAUCUGGAUGUAGCUCCUCUUCCAUACAACCACCAGGCCUGGCACACUUGAGCCCCACAUGGAUGGGUCCCGCUGUAGGAGCUGUACUCAUGGAAUACAAAGCCCGUGCUGGUGAGCAUGCCCUCCUGUCCGCGUCCACUCCUCCUCUCCGGGAGCCUCACCACAGCCUCCUCCUCCUGACACAGCCUCUCCACUCGGACAUCCCCUGGUCGCCCCGCGUCCCCUGGCCAUGAGGGCGACUGCUCGGUGAUUCGGUGCAUCUGUACGCCCCUCUUCUGUUCUUUUUUUUCUUUUCUUUUUUUUUUCUUGUUGGUUUCGGGCUUUUGUUGGCUACACACCGGAUUUAUCUGCACUGUGUGCUUCCUUUGUGUCAAAGGGCUUAACGCAGAGUGCGCAGAGGGCAACAGAGCGGGGGUUUUGUUUCACCCGCUGUUGCGCACAGCUGCUCUCUUUGUGGCCGGGUCGUGAUGGCAGGCGGCCGGUCGGAGGCGCAGGACCACCCGCCUGAGAACGGCUUCACCCCGCUAGAGCACCCAGCGCCCCGGCUGCUGCCGCACAUCGACCGCUCCGUUCUGCCGUCUCUGGGGGGGUUCGGGAAACACCAGAAGCAGCUCGUGGUCCUGACCUGGAUACCGGCAUUGUUCAUCGGCUUUAGCCAGUUUUCGGAUUAUUUCCUCCUGGCGCAGCCCAAUGGCACGUGCGUGCAACCCCUGGGCAACGACAGUAACUGGACCGUGGAAUCCCCCCCGGUGUCCGUCACCAGCGGCGCGCCCUCGCUGCAGCUCAGCGGCAACGGCAACGGCAACGGCACCGGGGAGGCGGUCGGCGACGGCAGCGGUAUGCUGUGCGCCUGCAAGGAGUGGAGGCUGGAGCUGCAGACGGGACUUAGUCAGAAUGUGGUUACCAAGUGGAACCUGGUGUGCGACUCGGCCUGGAAGGUUCACAUCGCCAAGUUCUCUUUGCUUGUGGGCUCCAUAUUUGGAUACCUGGUGAUGGGUGUCAUGGCUGACUGGUUUGGUCGACACCCGGUGUUGAUUCUCUCGGUGCUUUUCAUGCUGGUGUUUGGUCUGAGUGUUGCCUUCUCUGUAAAUGUCACCAUGUUCAGCACCUUGCGCUUCUUUGAGGGUUUCUGCUUGGCGGGCCUCGCUCUCUCCCUCUACGUGCUCAGGAUCGAGCUUUGUUUGCCAGGCUGGCGUUUCUCCAUGACCAUGGUGGCCAGUUUUCUGAUGGUGGGCGGGCAGCUCCUGAUGCCAGGGGUGGCCGUCCUGUGCCGCUAUUGGCCGAACCGGGAUGACUGGCAGGUCCUGCAGAUCGUCAUCAUCAGCCCCUUCGUUCUGAUGCUGCCCUACGUCUGGAUUUUUCCCGAAUCGCUGCGCUGGUUGCUGGCCACCCAGCACUACAGGCGGUCCAAAGCCAUGAUGCUGUGCAUCGCUAGGAAGAAUCAGGUUGACAUGACAACCGAGCCCAGCGGAGUUCUCGCAGAGCUGGAGCAGGAGCUGCACAAGAAACCCCAGAGGACCUGCAUUGUCAAGAUGAUGAGCACCAGGAACCUGUGGAAAAACAUUGUGGUGCUGUGUGUCAACUCCCUGACAGGUUACGGGAUUCACCACUGCUUCGCCCGCAGCAUGAUGGACCCCGAGGCCCAGCCCACCGCUUUGUGCCACGCGGACUAUUACACCAUGGCCGGCAUCGCCCUGGCAACCUGCCUGGCGCUUUGCCCCGCCGUGGGGCUGAUGGGUCGGCGCGGGGGGCUGCUCACCUUCAUGAUCAUAACAGCCCUGGCGUCACUCCUGCAGCUGGGUUUGCUUAACCUGAUUGGAAAAUACAGCCUGCGCCAUGACACGGUUCUGCGAGACACUCUGAACAGGAAAUUCUCGGUGGCCUUCUCCAUCAUCGGCAUGUUCUCCUCUCACGCCGUCAGCACGCUCAGCAUCUUCUUCUGUGCUGAAAUCACUCCUACUGUCAUCAGGGGUGGAGGUCUGGGACUGGUCCUGGCCAGCGCCGGCUUCGGGAUGCUAACCGCGCCCAUCAUGGAGCUCCACAACCAGAAGGGCUACUUCCUGCAUCACGUGAUCUUCGCCUGCUGCACCCUGCUGUGCAUCAUCUGCCUGCUGCUGCUGCCGGAGCCGCGGGGUCAGCCCCUGCCGGAGAGCCUGGCCGACGGCGAGACCUUCACCCGCCAGACCCUGCUCCACCCGGGGGAGCAGCACCUCCUCCUCGUCAAGAGCGACAGGGACUACUCCCGCGUCCACGACACGCCCUUACACCUCUCAGCCACCGGGAGCGCCACGGUGGCGGCGGCCACCGCUCUGGCAGCGGUGCCGGCCUCGUACGCUCUCGCAACCGGCGGGGAGGUGAUCGGAAACUGUGCCAUAGCCAACGGGGUGUGAGCAUCAGAGCAAUAGUCAGUUUGUAAUUAGUUUUUCUCCAGCAUUCACCCGACCGGAUGUUCAGUGAACUAACCUUUAAGGGAAAUGAAUUGUUCGGAUGAACCAGAUGAACUCUUGUCUUGGUGAGGUUUGAUGAUGACGAUGAUAGUAAAUCUGUGUAAUUUGUAGUGACUAUGAUUCAUUCAGGAGUUGCCAAAAAUUCUGUACUGGACUGAGUUUACCUGAAGUCAGUGUGUGUGUGUUAAAUAAUAUGACGGUGUUGGUGAUGAUCUCGACGCGGCCGUCCGCUCUGUAUUUUAAGGAUAACGGGAGCAGACGAGCGAAGAGACGAAACAGCAGAUUAACUUUGAAUAACUUGUGCUCCGUGAAGUUUCUGUUCGUAGUUUUGACUUGUUGAAACGGGAUUUCACUGCAUCUUAUAAUUCUUUACAAGUUAUUUUGCACUAAAUGUCAGAGACACAAUCAACGUGUUUGUGAUUUUCAGCCAACACAUUGGAGAUCCAGGGAUUGGCUUAAACCACUACCACUCUUUUCGCAUGAAAGGGCACAAAUGGUUUUACACGUCCUCUUCUUUCUUCUACGAGUCCAAUGUGGCACUUUAUCCUCAGAGGUGAGGUCAGUGUAGACGCUGAUUUUUAUUCUUAUUUUUUUGGUUUCUAAGGAAGCAUUACUACUGUUAGGGGCGCAUGAUGGUUGUGGGAGGUGACGAGCAGCCGGAGACCCCCGUGCAGACUGUGUGUGUAGCAUAUAGAACCACCACCCCCCCGCUCCCUAAACGCGUAACGCUAAAACAAAAACCGAGAGCCGAACGGACGCCGACGUCUUAUGACGCAUCUCGGCCUUUAAAUGGCUUUAUCGUUGACGGCUCUGUUCUUUUAACAAAACAGAGGAGACAAAAAGUAAUGAAAGAAAACCAGUAUUUAUUUUGUCACGCUGCCAAGGGCAAAUUUUGUUUGUGGUUUUGAAAAUACCUCCUUCAUUAGCAAAUAUCUCCAGCUCUCUUUCUCCUUGUUCUCUGUACUGUGGUAAUGUUGUAAAUCCAGCUCCUAGGAUGUGUGACCUUAGCCAGACAGCACAAUACUUUCCAGUUCUUUUUGAAAUAAACCUUUGUGACGACUAGAUUAGAGCAGUACGGCCUGCGCAGACCAGGUCUAGUUGUGAUCAGUGUGCAUUAAUAGGAUGUAAGUAUAAACCUGUAAGGUACGUACACGUGUGCCAUUCGUUCAUCCAUAAAGUAAGGACCUUACUUUUAUAGACUUUGAAGCACAUCAUCAGAUAGAUAAACCAUCCGUCUCUGUGCGACUAUAGCAGAGCCCAGCAGAUCUAGACCUCCUCCAUUUUUAAAAACCAUAUUUAGCACGUAUUUUGAACACCCCUGUACGGUUUGCUAGUUUGUAGGUUUUCAAACACAUUAAGGAAAAAAAAAAAAAAAAAAAGAGGAAAAAAAUCUCAACCACUAAUGCCGUUUUCUAAGUGUUAUUUUUUUAAUAUGAUGCAUUUGUACAAAAAGCCAUAGGUCUACAUGUUUUGAUAAUAAACCACUUAAUUUAUUAUGUCAAUAAAAGGACACUAGAUGUUA